GCGCGGCCGGCCAACCGGCUGGCGGAAGUGUGUCCGUCACUUUAACGUUCCCCACCCGGCAGGAGUGGACCUGAACAAAGCAAUAUACAGACAUGUCAGCAAGAACUGCCUCUGUCCAUGCCAAGUGGAUUAUAGGAAAAGUGAUUGGGACAAAAAUGCAGAAGACUGCCAAAGUCAGAAUAACUAGACUUGUCCUGAAUCCAUAUCUGUUAAAGUUUUACAAUAAAAGGAAGACCUAUUUUGCUCAUGAUCCAAAAGAGCAGUGCACUGUCGGCGAUAUUGUACUUCUGAAGGCUUUGCCUGAACGAAGGACCAAGCACGUUAAACAUGAAUUGGCAGAAAUUGUAUUCAAAGUUGGAAAUGUCAUUGAUCCCAUCACACAGAAACGCUGUAGUGGAAGCCGAAUAAUUGAACCCCUUAAAGACACUGAUUCAGAAGUGGGAUCCCUGAAUGAUCAUAUGAAGAAUUUAGAGAUCAAUGUUGUGCAGAAUAAUUCAGAACUUAAAAACUCUGUGAGUUGAACUAUAAAUAAAAUGUUUGUAAAAUUGAAUGUAUUAAAUGGAUAUUCAUGCUGCAAAUGUUAUUCAGCAAUGAGACAAUAUAGGUUUUUUUAAUGAAAGAAAAGUGUGAUGAUUCUUCUAUCUUAAAUUUGUGUUUUCCUGGACUUGGGAGAGCUUGGAUUUUCUGAAAUCUUAGUAAAAUAAAUCCAAAUGAUUGUGCACAA